CCAUUCAACGCGAGUCCCCUUAUCGCUUCAUCACACGCGCACAAACACAUACACAAAGCUACUUCGACCGACGACGCCGAUCAUGUCCGCAGACGCUGCCGCCGCCGCUCCCGCCCAGGAGGGCCACAAGGUCUUUGCUGGCAACCUCGCCUUUGCCACGACCGAAGCCGACAUCAAGGCCAUCUUCGCCGAGGCUGGCGUGGUCAACGACGUCCAAAUCAUCACUCGCGGCACCCGUUCGCUCGGAUACUGCUUCAUCACGUACCCCACGGCAGCCGAAGCCGAGGCGGCCGUCUCCAAGCUCAACAAGAAGGUCGUAGCCGGCCGCGAGAUCAACGUCGAGAUCGCCAAGCCGCAGGAGGAGCUCGAGGCCACGCGCGAGGCAAAGGCGGCCGCUCGCAAGGAGAAGGCUGCGGCCAAGAAGGCCAAGCAACAGGAAGCCAAGGCUGCAGCUGCUGCCAACGCUCCAGCAGAGGGUGAAGAGGGAGCUGCGACGACGACGAAGAAGACAGGUCGUACCCGCAAGCCUCGCGCACGUAAGGCGCGCACCGACGAGGGGGAGGAGCCGGACAACGUCGACGCCGCCGCCGCCGCUAACGGGGAGGGUGGUGAGAAGAAGUCGUCGACGCGCUCACGCAAGCCCAAGACCAAGGCCGCCGUCGUCAAUGGCGAAGUCGAAGCCGUUGACGGUACAGCUGCUGCCACCUCUGCCAAGAAGACGGCUCGCCAGCCGCGCGGUCCCAAGGGUGCUCCGGAGGGCGAAGCGUCCAAGACUCUCCUCUUCGUAGCCAAUCUCUCCUUUGAAGUCGACGACGCCUCUCUUCGCUCCGCCUUUGUGGAGCUGGGCGGUCCUGAGCCCAAGAGCACGCACGUUGUCCGUCGUCGCUUUGGAGCGCGUAGGAGCAAAGGAUUCGGGUUCGUCGACUUUAGUGGGGAGGAGGAGCAGAAGAAGGCUCUGGAGGUCGUGCAGGGCAAGGAGUGGCUGGGAAGGCAGUUGAGCUUGAAGGUGGCUAUUCAGGGGAGCAAGGAGGAGGCGGAGAAGGAGGCAAAGGAUGAGGCGGACAAGGCUGAGAGCGCUGGUGCGGCCUGAGAGGGCGGUGAAGGGGAGGGAUGAUGAGUCACUCGAAGAGAGGGGGAGGGGGCGAUGCGUAGGAUGCAGAUGCUUCAUAUAUUCGUACUCUAAUGGGAAGUAAGUGGGAGACAUCCUCAUCCUCAACGUGAUCCUCAACCCUUGACGCUCGACGACGGCGGCGGCGCUGCGACGGCGUCGUAGCUCUUCAAGCUGGCCUUUGCCGCUCUACUGCCCGCCUCGCAGAGCGUGCGCAGCCACCCUUCCCACGCCUGUCCUUUUGCAGGACGCGGCGCAGAGGCAAGCAUAGCCAUGACACCACCAGCAAACGAGUCACCCGCCCCCGUCGUACUCCUCACCUCGCCCGCUCCAAGGGGCUG